AUGAGGUUAAUUGAAAAGCUAAAGUGUAUUAGGAAUUUCACAGGUGAAACCACUAUAUCAUCUGUUCCUAGUGCAUCAAAUCCUCAACCGGCGAUGACAUUAUUUCAAGUGCGGGAUUUGCUUGCAGAAAAUAGGAAGGAGUAUCAUGAGCUCAUUAAGUUAGAGAAUAAGUUGAGUGUUGGGGGUAAUGACAGCAAUGAAGCCAAAGAUGAAAGUGAAGAGGAAGAUGGAGAGGAUUGGAAAGACGAGGAGGAUGGUGAAGAUACAAAUGAUGGGGAGGAUGAGGAUGAUGAUGAUACUAAUGACAGGGAGAAUGAUGAUGAGGAUGAUGACGGCAUAGCUCUUGAAUAA